CCCAAACUAACCUAAAAACUAAACAAACAAUAACUAACUAAUUUAUACUUAAAUUUCAGAUAACUUAGCUUUCUAUUGAAUCGAUAAUGGAAAUAAAAUAUCUGUUUCUUUUUACAGUCCUUUAUUUUUCCAUCACUAUUUGUCAAGCGAAUGAAGAAGAAAAACCUGCCAAAAAGAAGCUACAAAUAGGGAUUAAGAAGAGAGUUGAGAACUGUAAAGUCAAAUCUAAGAAAGGGGACUUUUUGCACAUGCAUUACAGAGGCACACUGGAAGAUGGAACCGAAUUUGACAGCAGCUUGUCAAGAGAUCCUCUCACAUUCACUUUAGGAUCAGGUCAAGUCAUUAAGGGAUGGGAUCAAGGCUUAAUGGGAAUGUGUGAGGGAGAGAAGAGAAAGUUAGUAAUUCCUCCACAUCUUGCUUACGGUUCAAAUGGAGCUCCUCCCAAGAUACCAGGCGACGCUACACUGAAGUUUGACGUAGAAUUGAUAAAGAUAGAAAGAAGAGAUGACUUGUAGUUGAGGGUGAUUGAGACCAGAGCUGAGUGAUUUAUAAAAUAAACUUGCAUUUAAUUUAGCUGGCAAUAUGAAAGACAAUGUAGUGUGUUCCAAGUGUGCUCCAAAUAUGUAAAGUGUGUUUUGUACAAUGUUAUUGAAGAGCUUUUUAGUCUUUAAGUAUGCCGAUAGGGUAGUUAAGGCAUUGACUGAAAAGGUUGUCUUAGAUUAGAAGUUUUAAAGUUGGUUGAAAUUUAGUACAAGAUCAAGGUGUAAAAGAACAGCCAACCAAAACUGACCAAAUUAAAAAUGAAAUUUACUAUGAGA